AUGUAUACAACGUUAUCAGAAGCAACUACAGUCCAAUGCUCCUUCGAAGAUGCAGAAAAGAACCUCAACGUUACUUUCGAUGAUUAUGUUGCUAAGUCAGAACUUAGAUUCAAAUGCAGAGGAACCAUUAAAGUAACGCUAUUCGAGGAAAAAGUUUUCAAUUCUAACGGAGUGGAUAAUGCUUUUUUCAACUGGUUGCUUAGCGUUGACGAGCUCCACAUGUGCAUAUUAAUACAUCAAACCAAAUAUACUACUCUCAGAGUGGCAAACAAAGUAAUUAGAGGUGAUUGUACAGGGCCUUCAUUACGCAUUAUUAAUAACGAAGAACUGAAAUAUGUCAUAUUUUCUGCCGAUCUUCUAAAGAACUUUGCCGGAUAUCCGGAGAAGUCCAUAGUACUUCGAGGGAAUAAAAUAUUGGAACAAAAGCAUUUAGAUAAACUGAAGGCACACGAAAAUGUGGUGGAUCUCCAAGAAUACGGAGAAUGUGCCGUUCCGAAGCCAUUUUCUACCUUUGCCACUUUGGACGUGAAUUGCAAAUCAUUGUAUGGUCCACUUGUACCAGAUUCAUCAAUUACUCAAAUACUAUUGUCAAACUCGCUGGGACGUAAAUUCAACUAUGAAGGAUGUUUGCAAAUACAAAAUACUAGUCUUACGGAUGUGGGUUUUCUGGAGGCCAUCAAGAAAUUCAAACCAAUUGCAUUUUGUCGGCAGUAUAUUCGUACUAACAACGACUUAUGCGUAAAGAACAUGGAUUUUAUCCAUGAAAUUUUUGGUGAUGUUGAAGUUCACAGUAAUAAGAAAGAAUGUGAUGAGGACUGCAUAGGUGGUUUCGUUACCAGAAGAUAUUUGAAUCAGAAUCCCAACUGUAAACAUGUUCAUGGAGACCUGAAAAUCAUUGGUUGGAUAGAAAAACCUCUUAAUGUGGAAAAAUUACGAAAUAUUCAAUCCAUAGGAGGACGCCUUAUUAUAGAGAACAACACAGAUCUCUUCGGUUUCAAUUAUUUUUCGAAUUUACGAAGCGUUAACGAGAAAGGUGAUGGCGUGGCAAUCAUCAUAAAGAACAACAAAGAUUUGACUUCGCUUCGAUUGCCACUCCUUAAAAAUAUCAAAACAUUGGAAAAUAAUCCGAGAGUUGUGCUGAUCAAUAAUCCUAAAUGGAUCAAAAAGAAAACCACUAAAAAAGUGACCACAAAUAAAAAUCGAUUAACAAGUACUCGCCGUGGUGCAACUAGUGCUAUAAACAAAGUUGUCGACCAAAACGGCACGUAUGUAGUUGGAGGUGAUUUGCUAAGAUUUGUGGAAAAUAAAAAGUUAUACGUUAUCGUUGGAGUGGCAAUAGCGGUUCUGAUUUUACUUGCUCUUCUGUUAUUGUUAUUACUUCUGGUAAUUAAAAUAAAAUCGAAACCGUUGCUUCCUCCUCCGCCUUAUAAGCUCUCUAAACAAUCGAAGGAAGUGCUUGCAUCUAUUUGUAAGGAUAUUGUAAGCAACAAUCCAAUGGUGUGGUGUGUUCACGAUCAACCUCUGCUCUGGCUUGCACCUUUGGAUGAUGCUAAGAUUUCUCAGAUUAAUAUCCUCAAACAACAGCUGUUACCGUUGGCUGCGAAUGCCUCGCUCCCAUUGAAGAAGGAAUGUGACUACGACAAGCCGUUACAGAGGCGUGUACAACAGCUUUUAGAAUACGACUAUGUUGUUAUGAUAGGGAGUACUAGCGAUAUUGGGAAAGUGAUUCCACGUUUACCAAGUGUUAUCGGGCAGCUUUCGUUGUAUAUAGAUGGGCGAUCUGAUAUGUCCGUUGCGUACAAGCUUUUGGGAAUGACGUACAUGUCAGCGAAUAUAAUAUUUUACAAGUAUGAAGCUCGGAACGUUCGCAAACGAUCUCAGAAAAAUGUUAAUGUACUUUUUUAUCAGUGGGAGAGAAAGAGACUGCCGACGGAGUUUUCUGAGCUGUUACAGCUGCUUAGACUCUGCUAUAAUAAAAAAGUGCUAUGUGUGAGCGACAGAAGAAAGGAGGUAUUCUCCAUGCUUUACAUGAUGUACCUCCAAGUCUCAUACUUAAAGACUCUUUCGCCUAUCGCAGAAUAUUUCCAGCUGCAUCUUCAAGCAUGCAACGGUGCGCCUCUAGAUCGUCACGAAAUGCUCUAUGUUAUGCGAUUUAUGCUUGAUUGGGGACAACAAGCAUCGUGCAUUCCGUCUCAUUUAACAAAGAAACAAACGACAUGGUGCCAUGUUUAUACACAAAUGUCGUCGUUUUCGCAAGCACAUCCCAGCAUAAUGAACAUCUGUCCGCAACAUUUGCCUGGCGACCAUGGAUUCCUUGAAGAGGAGCUGAACGCAGUGUCUGCACCAGUUGUUCGCUAUGUACCUGAAAGGACGCGCACUGUGGCGCAUGAUCCCUAUAGAAUGCCAACGGAGGAGGAGAAACAGCGAGUGGCACUUGUAACUGCGGAAGGCUUUGACGACGAUUCUUGUGACUAUUCCCGUGAAAAGAGUCAAAAACAGAAGCAGCCGCGGCCAGUUGCUGGUUCUCCAGCUGCAUCGCAGAAUCGUUCAGUUCAAAUCCAAGAAAUUUCCAAAAUGGCGCCCUCUGCUCAAAACCAAGAUUCCUCUAAUAAAGGAGUCUCGAUUCGACAGCAAGCAUCUCGUUCCGAAGAUGUCUCCGUUACAGUUCGGAAACAACCCUCUCAAUCGCAGGAUUCGAAUGAUAGACUACUAACUCAGAAACAAGCAUCUCCAAAAACGGCCAAGGGCAAAAAAUCUAAGCCAGCCCGGAAUCGUGGGAUUAGUUCUCAAUCGCAGGAUUUAUCCAACGAGAGACUCUCAGCUCAGAAACAAGAAUCUCCGAAGAAGAUUAAGAAGUCCCCCGCUGCAGUUUCACCUUCACCUCGAAAAUCUCUCUUUUAUAAAGGAUAUCGACAAAAGACGUUAUCCGCCCAGGGCCAAGGGACAAGGCAGGACCAAAAUGUAAAUAAUUCUGAUAAGGUUCAUUUCUACUGCCAAUCUCCGCCAGACCUAACAUUGCCGUUAAUCAGGAGUGUACAUGUUAUGUCUUCAAAGCCUCUUCAAUACUUGAGUCUAACAAUGUUCUGUCUUCUGCCGUAUAUUAACCUCUGCGAGGCAACUUCAUUUAAUUGCAUCAUUCCCGGUGAAGGAACCAAACAUGUUGAUUACAUAGGCUAUAAUUCAAAAAUGUCUAUUAGAAGUUUAUGCGAUGGUGCUGAGGAAGUUUCAAUAACUGGCGAGUCUAUUUUCGCUGCCGAUGGAUUGCCCUAUGACUUCAUUGAAUGGCUGUUCCAUGUAAAAGAAAUUAAAAUGUGCGUAUCCGUUGUGAACACAGAUGUCACUUCCAUAGAUGUAUACUCCACUCUUAUCACAGGCGACUGCGAAGGUCCAAAACUAAGUAUCUUGAAUAACAGUAAUCUUGAAUUUUUGUCAAUCACUUCUAAGUUGAUGAAGGGCUGGGCUUCAGUUUCAAACGCUUUGAGAGUCCGUGGCAACAGAAGGUUAAGACCUGGAGAACUGAUAACUUUGCGAAACUAUAAUAAGGACUUGAGAAACGACUGGGAUUUGCAAGAAUAUGGAGAAUGUACGCUACCAAUCCCUUUCGAUUCAUUUGACAAACUGGAUCCGAAAUGUACCUCUUAUUACGGAAUCCUGAUGGACGUCACCUUCUUAUUGGCUUUCUCGAAGUUUGAACCUAUUCCUCUUUGUCAGCAAUACAUACGCAAUAACAGGAAUUUAUGUCCCAAUAAUCUGAAGUAUUUGAAUGUGAUUUUCACAGGAAUUGAAAUCGCCAGUAACUCGAAAAAAGUGUGCGAUGAGUGUAUGGGAGGAGAUGUGACAGAACAUUAUUUAGAAUUGAGUGCAGAUUGCUCUUUCAUAUAUGGUGACCUAACCAUAUCGAACUGGAAAGGUCUACCUGCAAACGUACAUAUAUUGCGUAAAUUUCGAACUAUAGAAGGUCGUCUCAUCAUUUCCAAUAACACUGGUCUCAACGACUUUGAAUACCUAACCUCGCUCGAAAGUGUCGGAUCAGAGUACGAAGGUGAAGAGAUCAUUGUUAUCAAAAAUAAUCCGGACUUGAAAACACUGCCGUUACCAAAUCUCGUCGGCAUCAAAAUCGGGGGUAAUGACGCAAGAGUAGUGUUGGAAAACAAUCCCUUGCUCGACACAAGUAUUGCGACUCCAAAACCCACUACAACAAAUAAGAAAUCCAUCGGAUCAGUGGUUGGUAAAACCACCACCUUGCUGAAAGGAACGGCUAACAGAUCUUUAGUCACUCCUUUCGGAGUGCUGAGCUCUACUAUCAGCCCAAAGAAAGGUAUAGAUAAAAGUUCUGGAGAAGAAAAUCCUCCUCACGUCAUAGAAGCUUCAAAGAAAGGACCUGGUGUAAUGUGGUACAUCAUAGCAGGAGUUACAGUAUUUCUUCUCUUUGUUCUGCUAGCCUUCAUUGGUAUUCUUGUGUUUCUUCGGAAAAGAACAUUGUCUGGAUUGCCAGCAGCACCUUAUCACCUUAAUAAACGAUCUCAAGAACAGUUAGUUUCUAUUUGCAAGGAAAUUAUGGGGAAGAAUCCUAUGGUGUGGUGCAUACAGGAUGUUGACGUUAUUUGGAAACAAUCUCGUUCUGCUGCGGGAACUAACACACCUGCUCUUUCCAAAAAAGCGGAGUAUGUCAAAAAACAUAUGAUUGCUGUAACAAAUAACGGAAGAAUUCCGCAAAAAAGAGAAGUGGAUUAUGACAAACCUCUACAAACUCGCGUGCAAGAAAUAUUUCAGUAUGAUUUAGUUAUAAUGAUUGGAACAGACAAUGAUGUAACUAAGGUGGUAACUCGCAUACCAAGCAGUGUUGGCGAUCUUUGUUUAUACAUAGAUGGAAAAGCAAACAGAUCUCUUGCGUUUAAACUUCUUGAGAGCACACAUCUCUCAUCAAGGUCUACGCUUUUCAAAUAUGAAGUCAAAGAUGUAAAGAAACACGUUACUAAAAAAAUUGAUCUUGUGCUCUAUCAUUGGCCAAGCGAGCGACUUCCAAAGGACUUCAGCGAAAUGCUGCGACUAAUUACUUUGUGCAACGGCAGAAAAGUGAUAUGCACAAGCAUUAGGAGAAAAGAAGUGUUCUCAAUGUUAUAUCUAGUUCAUGGAAUUGUCUUGUCAGCCAAAGAAUCUUUAACUACGAUCGAAGUCUUUCGAUUACAUUCAGAAUUGUGCAAUGGAGCACCACUCGAUCGUCAUGAGAUGUUAUAUGUGAUGCGAUUAAUGCUUGACUGGGCUAGAUGUGCUAAAUGUCUUCCCGAAAACCUCAAAAAAGAUCAUUCACGAUGGUGUCAGGUAUACGACCAAAUGUCAGCGUUUUCUAAAAGACGUACAAACAUAGUCAACAUACAUCCACUUCACCUCGUACGCUUGGAUGAACCUGGACUACUGGAGGCUGCAGUAUACGACGCAGUCAAGCAAAUCGGCGGCUUCUCUGAGAGGCCGUACACACCGAUGUCGGACCGUUUUAGAAGAAAGUCAACUGAGGAAUUAAAACAAGAAAUGGAUCGUCUACCUUUUGGCGAAAUGACCAGGAGCGUUUACGACCCAACUGAUCGGACGAACACGAUGAACACUAACAACGAAAAUUUUUGGGCAAAGGCCGGGACCCAGGUAAUGGAUCAGGAUAAAGUUAGAACAAAUGAGAAGUCAAGUGCAAAGGCUCCGAAAUCUCAAGUCAGUAAUUUGAAAAGUAUAGUGAAAAGUCUUGCAGCAAGUAUUAAGAUAAAUUAUAAGGUUCAUUUCUACUGCCAAUCUCCGCCAGACCUAACAUUGCCGUUAAUCAGGAGUGUACAUGUUAUGUCUUCAAAGUCUCUUCAGUACUUGAGUCUAACAAUGUUCUGUUUUAUGCCGUAUAUUAACCUCUGUGAGGCAAAUACGUUUAAUUGCAUCAUUCCCGGUGAAGGAACCAAACAUGUUAAAUACACAGGCUAUAAUUCAAAAAUGUCUAUUAGAAAUUUAUGCGAUGGUGCUGAGGAAGUUUCAAUAACUGGGGAGUCUAUUUUUGUUGCCGAUGGAUUGCCAUAUGACUUUAUUGAAUGGCUGUUCCAUGUAAACGAAAUUAAAAUGUGCGUAUCCGUUGUGAACACAGAUCUCACUUCCAUAGAUGUAUUCAACAGACUUAUCACAGGCGACUGCGAAGGUCCAAAAUUAAGUGUCGUAAAUAACAGUAAUCUUCAAUUCUUUACCAUUGGUCGGGAAUUGGUUAGGAACUGGAAACCAAUUCCAAACGCUUUAAGAGUCCGUGCCAACAGGAAAUUAAGAAUUGGGGAACUGAAAAAUUUGCAAAAAAGUAAUAUGCUAGUGAGAAACGACUGGGAUUUGCAAGAAUAUGGAGAAUGUUCACUACCAAUCCCUUUCGACUCAUUUCAUACGCUGGAUCCGAACUGUACUUCUUAUUAUGGAGUUCUGGUGGUAAAAGAAGAUAUAACGCAAAUUCCAUACAAGCCAUCCAAUUUCCAUUCGUUCAAAUUCACUGGCUGCAUCCGAAUCGAGAAAACAAGUUUGAAGGACGUCACCUUCUUAUUGGCUUUCUCGAAAUUUAAACCUAUUCCUCUUUGUCAGCAAUACAUACGCAAUAACAUGAAUUUAUGUCCCAAUAAUUUGAAUUAUUUGAAUGUGAUGUUCUCAGGCAUUGAAAUCGCCAAUAACUCGGAAAGAGUGUGCGAUGAGUGUAUGGGAGGAGAUGUGACAGAACAUUAUUUAGAAGUGAGUGCAAAUUGCUCUCUCAUAUAUGGUGACCUAACCAUAUCGAACUGGAAAGGUCUACCUUCAAAUGUACAUAUAUUGCGUAAAUUUCGAACUAUAGAAGGUCGCCUCAUCAUUUCCAAUAACACUGGUCUCAACGACUUCGAAUAUUUGACAUCGCUCGAAAAUGUCGGAUUAGAGUACGAAGGUAAAGUUGCCAUUAUUAUCAAGAACAAUCCGGAUUUGAAAACACUGCCGUUACCAAAUCUUGUCGGCAUCAAAAUCGGGGAUAAUAAUCCAAGAGUAAUGUUGGAAAAUAAUCCGUUGCUUGACACAAGCGUUGUGGCUCCGAGAACUACUACAACAACUAAGAAGACGUCUACGGUAUCAGUGGCUGGUACUACCACCACCUUUCAGAAGAGCGCCGUUAACAGCUCUGUGGUCACUCUUUCCAAAGUUGUACUACUGAGUUCUACUAUGACCUCAAAGAAAGGUGUAGAUAAAAUCUCUGGAGGUGAAGAUCCUACUCACGUCGUAGAAUCAUCAAAGGGAGGAUCAGGUGUUAUGUGGUACAUCAUAACUGGAGCUAUAAUAUUUCUUUUCUUGCUCCUGCUAGGAUUCAUAGGUACUCUUAUGUAUAUUCGUAUAAAGAGGACAAGGACUGGAUUGCCACCAGCACCGUAUCAGCUCAAUAAACGAUCUCAAGACCUGCUAAUUUCCAUUUGCAAGGAAAUUGUGGGGAAGAAUCCUAUGGUAUGGUGCAUACAAGAUGUUGACAUUAUUUGGAGACAAACUCGGUCUGCUGCGGGGGCUAACACACCUGCUCUCUCCAAAAAAGCGGAGUAUGUCAAAAAACAUAUGAUUGCUGUAACAAAUAAUGGAAGACUUCCGCAGAAAAGAGAAGUGGAUUAUGACAAACCUCUGCACAUUCGUGUGCAAGAAUUAUUCCAGUAUGAUUUAGUUAUAAUGAUUGGAACAGAUAGUGAUGUAACUAAGGUGGUGAGCCGCCUACCAAGCAGUGUUGGCGAUCUUUGUUUAUACAUAGACGGGAAAGCAAACACAUCUCUUGCGUACAAACUUCUUGAGAGCACACACCUCUCACCGAAGUCAACGCUUUUCAAAUACGAAGCCAAAGAUGUAAAAAAACGCAUCGCUAAAACAAUUGAUCUCGUGCUCUAUCAUUGGCCAAGCGAGCGACUUCCGAAGGACUUCAGCGAACUGCUGCGAUUAAUGACUCUGUGCAACGGCAGAAAAGUGGUAUGCACAAGCAUUAGGAGAAAAGAAGUGUUCUCAUUGCUGUAUCUAGUUCAUGGAAUUAUUUUGUCAGCCAAAGAAUCUUUAACUACGAUUGAAGUCUUUCGAUUACAUUCAGAAUUGUGCAACGGAGCACCACUCGAUCGUCAUGAGAUGUUAUAUGUGAUGAGAUUAAUGCUUGACUGGGCUAGAUGUGCUAAAUGUCUUCCCGAAAACCUUAAAAAAGAUCAUUCACGGUGGUGUCAGAUAUACGAUCAAAUGUCAGCGUUCUCUAGAAGACGUGCGAACAUAAUCAACAUACAUCCUGUUCAACUUGUACGCUUGGAUGAACCUGGACUGGUGGAAGUUCAAGUAGAGGAGGCAGUGAAGCAAGUUAACAGCUUCUCUGAGAGGCCGUACGCACCAGUGUCGGACGCUUUUCGAAGAAAGUCAAAUGACGAAAUAAAACGAGAAAUGAAUCGUCUACCUUUUGGCGAAAUGACCAGGAGCGUUUACGAGCCCGUAGAACAGGUGACCGGUAACAAUGAAGAUUUUUGGACUCAACGCGGCACACAGACGAUGGAUCAGAGUAAAACGACUGAGAAGUCCGAUGAUAAGGUCACGAAAUCCCAAAUCAGUAAUUUGAGAAGUCUUGUGAGAAGUAUCGCAGCCGGAAAAGAAAAAUUACGGGACGAGCACAAAAUUGAGACCAAUACAGGACAAAUGUUCGGUGGAUUCGUGUUUGAGUCAUAUAGACGGAGGUGCAAUGUGGGUCCACAACCGAAAGUAUCCGCCGAUUUCCACCCAGUUUUUCAAAGAAAACCAGAAACGUGGCACGUUGAUUGCCAAAGAAUACUAAAAAAUGAUGAGGAGUACAUAAAUAAAAUCAGCAGAAGUCGACCAAAACUUCGUAAAUGUAGCUACGACAUGAGUUGUGAGAGCAUCCGUGCACGUGUUCUUCCUCCCAAGCAAGUUGAUCGCCUCAGAUUUGGAGUAGCCUAUGCUCGGAUUGUUUAUGAGAGGUUCAGAGGAGACUGGUAUCUGGAAAAGAAAUAG